GCGACUGUAUUGUAUAACUUUGGUUGUGCUUGUGUAAACCCUGGUUACAGCCCUGCAUGAAGUUAGUUACUUGCACCACUGCAGUCUAUAAUCUCAUUAGGCCAGCAUCUUUGGCCUCAAACCAACACAACCCAGGAGAGGGUCACUACCGGCCACUUGUCACUUCUUAGUGAGUUCCAUAGGCUUAAUCCAAAAGCUUAAUCCAUAGAGCGACCUGCUCACGAUCAGUCAGCUGCUACAGGCUGGGACAUCUCCGCCUCAUGCCUCCUCCAUCACUACCACUAUGUUGCUGGUCCUAUGAACUGGACUGAAGCUCAGACCUACUGCAGAAAGACAUACACAGACCUGGCCACCAUUGAAAACACUGAAGAAGUGAAUCAACUUAUCAACACAGUUUCCUCUUCUGGUCUCAGCUCUGAUGUCUGGAUUGGCCUGUACACUAAAAUCAACUGGAGGUGGUCAGACGGCUACACGGGGACAGGAGCUGGAUUUAGGAGCUGGCAUAACUAUGAAAACGAACCAAACUUUAAAGCAGCUUCUGAAUUCUGUGUGACCACUUCAAACAGUGGAGUUUGGUGGGAUGAUAGAUGCUCUGGACAAUUUCCAUUUAUCUGUUACAGAGGAACACAGCUGGACCCUGAAUUUGUUGCUGUGAAAGAACCAAUGAGUUGGUCCAGUGCUCAGAGUUACUGCAGGAAGAACUUCACAGACCUGGCCAAUGUGAGGAACGACACUGAGAAACUGAAGAUCGCGAGCUUGGUGCCAUAUGGAUAUGGAUAUGUGGCAUGGUUUGGUUUGUUCAGAGAUCCUGACAUGUACUGGUCUGAUGGGAGUGGCUUCUCAUUUUCAUACUGGAACACAGAUAUUAACCCAUUAGGCUCGAUGAGUGUCGCAUGUGGUGCUGCUUUGCAGAGUUCAGGAAGUUGGAAGUUUCUUCCCUGUGAAACCAGAUUACCAUUUGUCUGCUACAGCGUCCAUGUAAGGAGGCAGGCGGUAAAGCUGAGGAUAAAGCUGGAGGACUCCUCUGUGGAUCUGAAUGACCCUGCUGUGAAAGCAGACAUGCUGAAAAAGCUCCAGGACAGGCUGAAGGAGAAAGGGGUGAGUGGAGUCACCCUGAAGUGGAGAGAGCAGCCUGAUGGGAAAGUCUUCCACAAGGAGGACAAGCCUGAGCUCUAAUGGCGCGUUCCAGACCGGUCGGAACUGGGAUAUUUCCCAGUCGGAACUCCCGACCUCAAAGCGUUUCAGGUGCAUGACGCCAAAUGUAAACGAUAAACAUGGCUGACCAAACUUAUGUUUCUUUAUAUACACAGUUACACCCUCAGCAGUGCACUUGGUGUUUAUUAAAAACAAGUGAUAAAUAUACGUUACUCGUUAACUGUGUAUCCUUCUAGCUUCAUCAGUUGGUAAUCCUCAAAGUCAGCAAAGGUUUUAUGGGAUAUUUCCAAAUGACUUCACAUGUCUGGGUAUUUUUAACACUUUCCUGAAUAACUUUUGGGCAGAGAACAUGACUUUCACAGAUUGUUUACUGUAACCAGCUACCAACAUAUUUCUACAAUCAGUUUACAUGCAGAACAAGUUUUACUACUUGAUACUAGUAUGUAAUACUUUACUUUGCCUUUUAGUUCAUGGUUUACACAUUCACACGGUGUGCUUCCACGAGAGCUGCCGUUGUUGUGUGACAUCAUUCAGCUGCUACUCGUGAAGUCGGAGUACAGAUUUUUCCACAAGCAGGAAAUCCGACUUCACUUUUUCUAGUUGGAGGUUGGAAAUGUCCCAGUUCCGAGUUGCCUGGAACGCAGCAUAAAACUAAAAUAUAACUGUACUUCUGUUUAUUUGUAGUCCUUGGUGAAUGUACUCUCUAUCUGCUAAUACACACAGCACAUUAUUAUCACUGUACUGAGUGCUUAACCAGAACCCCGAAAACAUCCUGUAGACUGUCAGAAG